UGUCUGGGCCCGUAUCGCCGCUGCUCAGUGGCGUGAAUAUGAGGCUGGUCAGGCGGAGCACCAAUGUAGUAGAGACACCACACUUGAGCACCACGGUGUCGCAGUGGCGUCGCCACACUUAUUUCCUAUAUAGCUGCCGAUGUUUUCGUCGUCGCAGUCGCUGCAACGUCGCUGCUGCCGCAAACGUGUGCACAGUCAUAGCGCGUACAAAGGCGCAGAUAUUACCAAUUACACGAAUUUUUAUACUCUUUUAAAAAUUUCGUUUUAUUAUAAUAUUUAUUAUCGUAGAGCGCAGUAGUGUCUGCGGAGCGUUUAGUGUUUUGUGUUUGCGCUGCCUGUGUAUACCCGACGAACAGAAGCGUAGCCAAGCGUAUACAAAAAUAUCAGCUAACCAACGAUUCCAAGUCGAUUUCAAAGUGUACGAGCGAGUGCCGUGAAAGCGAAAUUUCGCGUCUUAUUGUCUUUUAACUGUUUGUGAUUAUUACUUCAAUACGAGCGACAAUCGUCAAACGCCAUACGCCAUUCGCCAUACACCAUAUAUCUGUUCUAUCGACACGGCCAAUAGGCAAGAUUGUCAUUCCAUUAAAUACGAAAACACUGAAACUUGUGCAUCGAAAUAUAAACAAAAACAACACACCUUUGAAGAAUAAAUACAAAAAAUAAUAAUAAAUUUGUUGCAAACAAAAGGAUUAUAAAUUGAUCAAAGGAAUGAUUGAAUGAUAAAUAUUUAAAGUUUAAAAUACUUUACUAAAUAGAAAAUUGCGUGAUCAAAAGGCAUACAUACACAUAAGCCUCCAUAAAAAGUCAACAAACUCAUCAAGAAUUUUUAAAAGAACUCAUAUCGAGUCACGAAAUUCAAUAGCAAACGAGAUCGCUGCAUUGAACGAUCAAUAAACAUAAACAAAUUUUGAGACCAGAGGCUCGAGGCUACAAAAGAAUGUGCAAUGUCAAAAUUUGUUUUCGAUAGUAUGCUACCGAAGUAUCCACAGUUUCAGCCAUUUAUCAGUUCACAUUUAACUUCAACGUCACAAAAUUCGUCAUCAGCAGCUGUUGCCGCCGCCCUAGCCGCCGCCGCAGCCUCUUCCACAUCGUCCGUCAACAGCCUUAGCAGUGGCCUCAGUAACAAUAACGGCAUUAGCACCAGCAAUCACAAUAACGGCAAUCACAUAUCUUCUGUUGCCGUCCAUUCCUCGUCACUGUCGCCCUCGUCAUCCGGCGUAAACAUCAACAGCAGCCAUUUGAAUCAAUCGUCCAACUCACCAGUCUCCUCGUCCUCCCCAUCAUCCACCACAUUUGGAGCGCUUACGCCACAGCAACAACACCAGCAAUUGCACCACCACCACUACCAGCAGCAACAGCAACAGCAGCAGCAUCACAGCCAAUACUCACUGUCAGCGGCAUUACAAUUGCAACAGCAACAACAACAGUUGCACAUCAACAAACUUGCCGCCGCCGCUGCAGCAGUCAGUUCUCAAAGCGGAAACGGUCUAGGCCAUAGCCACAGCGUCCAGCAUCAACAGCAAUUGUCACAACAACAACAACUCUUGCUCACACCACCUUCCGGAACUAAUUCGCAGACAGGCGACAGCAGUUGCUCACCCACGCCGUCGGCCACAUCUUCCUCGCUGCAUCGCAGCAUCAACGACCACUCACCCAACUCCGCAUCAGCCGCCGCCGCUGCCGCGUCCGCAGCAGCCGCCAGCACAGUUGCCGCAGCAGCAGCCGCAGCCGCCGCUGCCUCUUCAUUUGCCAUACCCACCAGCAAAAUGUAUCCAUACGUGUCAAAUCAUCCCACAUCGCAUGGCAUCUCAGGCAUGCCCGGAUUUUCCGGACUGGAGGACAAAUCAUGCAGGUACACAGACAGUAUCAUGAACAGUUAUCAGUCAAUGAGCGCGCCUGCCUCUGCGUCCAGUUUUGCGCAAUUCUACCAGCAUGCCGCUGCUGCAACGGCCGCCUCUGCAGGUGCCGUUGGAGUGGACUCACUCGGAAAUGCAUGUACGCAGCCAUCAUCGGGCGUUUUGUCCACCGGAGGAGCCGGUCAAAGUAUUGCUGAUUUGCCAAGAUACCCAUGGAUGACAUUAACAGAUUGGAUGGGAAGCCCCUUUGAGCGAGUCGUCUGCGCAGAUUUUAAUGGUCCUAAUGGUUGUCCGCGCCGGCGCGGUCGUCAAACUUACACACGCUUCCAAACUCUUGAAUUGGAGAAAGAGUUCCACUUCAAUCACUACUUAACACGCCGGCGAAGAAUCGAAAUAGCUCAUGCGCUUUGUCUCACUGAACGUCAGAUAAAGAUCUGGUUCCAGAAUCGGCGAAUGAAGUUGAAGAAGGAACUACGCGCAGUCAAAGAAAUUAACGAACAGGUACAUGAUAGUGCUUCAUUCAUUAGCUUUUCGGACGAUAUAUCUAUCGCUGUAACUGCAAAAACGCUCACGGAAGUGGUAAGCAUUGCGGAACAUGCGAUAUCAGCGGCCCAGGAAUGGCUAAGCGCGAAGAAUCUAAAGCUGGCUGCGCAUAAGACGGAAGCCGUACUCAUCAGCAGCCGUAAGAAGGUAGAAAAGGUGGUGCUUAAAGUUGGCGACAGUAUCAUAGAGUCCAAGCCAUAUAACGGUAUCGGAAGACGCGGCACUCAUCAUAGCUGGCCUGUGCCCACUCGACCUGCUAGCUCAGGAGAUAUGUUGAGCGAGAACCGCGAAACACAACCAACAUCAUGUGAGCGCGUACAGAUCAACAGCAAAGCAACGCAGCAUAGCCCAGUGGCAGACACGAUGGGACAGCGCAGCAAAGGGCAGGUGGACCCAUCGACUCAUCCCUAG